CGCUCCGGCAGCUAUAAAGCUUUAGGGCCGCGAACUCGAGUAGUUCGGCCGCACAUCUUCUCGAGUGAGUGUUGGUGCACGCGCGUGUCCGAGAGAUAGUGUUAUUGGGUACGAUGAAGCAAGCUACGCUGGCGGUAUGGCUGGCGGUGGCAGUGGGGUUGACCGCAGCUCAAUACGGCUUACCACCGACCAAGGGGAAGAAACAUCGCACCACGACUACGACCACUGAGGGUCCUGAUGCCAUCGGAAAUGACAUUUCUGCCCCCUUCCCUCUACCGGACAACAAUUUUCCUACCUCUGCUCCAUCUCCUGGUCCCGAUAGAAAUUACUGGUGGGCCGGACCCGAUUCACCCUUUAAAGGUGGCCAGCAGCCGGGUCCAGCUCCAACCGGUGGUUGUGGGGGAGGACCAGUGGGGUGUGGAGGUCCUCCACCACCACCUCCUCCAUCCCCUGGGGCCCCUCAGCCUUCUGCUCCAGGAUCUCCAGGAAAACCUGUUGACAUAGCUCAAAAUCCUUUCUUGAGUUCCGCCAUCCUGGGGAAGCCCAUCCAACAGGGUCCUCAAGGCUGCGGUGGACCUGGUGGUGAAUGUCAAGCUCCAGGAGCACCCGGACAACCCGGUGGGCAAUUCCCAGGAGGAAAUCCUUCUGCACCAUACCCUGGCCAACCUUCUGGUUCUAGUCCAUACCCUGGCCAACCUUCUGGUUCUAGUCCAUUCCCAGGACAACCUGCGAGUCCCAGUCCCUACCCCGGUCAACCCUCUGGUUCCAGUCCGUUUCCUUCAGGCUCUAAUCAGUUUCCUGGACAACCCGGCCGUCCCAAUCAACCUUCAAGUUCUUAUCCUGGCCAACCUUCUGGUUCUAGCCCGUUCCCAUCAGGCUCUAAUCAAUUUCCAGGACAACCCACUCAACCGGGUCAACCUUCCUAUCCCGGUCAGCCCUUUGGAUCUAGUCCGUUUCCUGGACAACAGCCGACAGGUUCUAGCCCGUAUCCUGGCCAACCAUCUGGAUCCAAUCCACAGCCGACCGGUCAAUAUCCGGGACAACCUACUGGUACAGGUCCAUUCCCUGGUCAGCAACCCACAGGAGCAACCCCCUUUACUGGGCAGCCAGCUGUACCUUUAAGACCAGUUUGCACAGCAGCAGGCCAUGCUUGUAUUCCCAGCAACAUGUGCGUUGGCGGGGUGAUAACACCUAAUGGAAUGCGCCAAUUGAGAGAUCCUCAGGUAAAGGAAUGUAUCCCAGGAUUGGAAGCUUGCUGCAGGAUACCUCCUGGAGCCGGUGGUUCUACAUUCUCUGGUGCCGCUCCCACACCAGGCUAUGCACCCGGACCAGUGACCUCUCAGAGACCCUACACUGGACCACUGAACACCACACCAUUCCCUGGGUGCGCCGCCGCGCUCAAGUGUGUCGCAGAGUCUUACUGUACCGCUGAAGGUGUCAUGUCCAACUCUCCUGUCAUCCUUACACGCGAACAGGCCGAGAACAAAGUCCCUCUUACUGAUUGUCAAGAUCCUGACACUGGAAUUGUUGGCAAGUGUUGUCGAGACCCCAACUAUAAGGAUCCAUGGCCAGCUGGCAUGAUGAUGAUGAAGGAUCAAGCUUUUGACGAUGGUCAAUAUCAUGGGGAAGGCGCUAGUCCAACUCCUAAUGUAGGGCCAUCCUUCAACUCCAUAUCAUCUACUCCUCAAACUCCCUCUAAAGACCAUGGACCCAAGCCUUCUGAUAGACCUGGAGGAUUUAACAAGCCAUUCCCACCACCUUUUCCUGGAAGUGCCCCAACUGGCAGCCCUUAUCAACCAGGUCAAUCCACACCUGGAAACUUCCAACCUGGAUCACCAAAUCAGCCAGGCUCUCCGUAUCAACCCGGUCAACCAUCAGGAUCUCCCUACCAACCAGGUCAACCAUCUGGUUCUCCUUACCAACCAGGUUCUCCCAACCAACCAGGUCAACCUGGAUCACCAAAUCAGCCAGGAUCUCCUUAUCAACCUGGUAAACCAACAGGAUCUCCCUACCAACCAGGUCAAACAUCUAGUUCCCCUUACCAACCAGGUUCUCCCAACCAACCAGGUCAACCAUCUGGUUCCCCUUACCAACCAGGUCAACCCUCUGGUUCCCCUUACCAACCAGGUUCUCCCAACCAACCAGGUCAACCUGGAUUUCCAAAUCAACCAGGCCAACCUACUGGUUCACCUAAUCAACCAGGUCAACCAUCUGGUUCCCCUUACCAACCAGGUUCUCCCAAUAAGCCAGGUCAACCCGGAUCUCCAAAUCAGCCAGGCACUCCAUUUCAACCAGGUCAACAACCAUCAGGGUUUCCUAAUCAACCAGGACUACCCGGCGCGCCUAACCAGCCAGGAUCUCCAUUUCAACCAGGUCAACCUACAGGUUUACCUGGCCAACCAGGUCAACCUACUGGCUCCCCCUAUCAACCAGGAUCUCCCAGUCAACCGAGUCAGCCAAACCCAUCGGGGCCUGAUUACUCGUAUGAAUCAGGUGAUCGUUACCACCUACCUACUCAUCCAGGACAGGUUCGGCCAUCAAGUGAUGCACCAACACCAGGAUCCACUUGCGGAAUCAGAAGACCCGGCCCUGGUGGAGAGGUGGCAGGAUUUGCAGAGUUCACAUGGCAAGCUCUGGUUGUGUCUGCAGGCAACCGUUCUCUCCUGUGUGGUGCUGCAAUCAUUGCAGACAAUGCUGUAAUUACAGCUGCCCACUGUGUCAACAAGUUGGUAGCUGCUGACCUCUUGGUGAAGGCAGGAGAGUGGAAGUUGUUGGCCCAGAACCCCAAGUCUGUGCAGGUGCGUCCUGUGGCGGUCAUAGCCAGGCACCCCGCCUACGACAGUGGCUCACUCGCUAAGGAUCUAGCGAUCCUGGUUCUCGCUCAACCACUUGUUUUUGACACCCAUAUCGACAAGAUCUGCAUUCCUCCUCAGCUUGGUUCUGAGUACUUCCAGAGGGCUGGCCAGACUUGCCUGAUUACUGGCUGGGGAAAGAACGCCCUACAAGGACCAGUGCAAGGAAGUGACCUGCACACAGUAGACGUAAUGGUGAUCCCGUCCAGACAGUGUGAAGCCCAGCUGAAGACAAGCCAGAACUUGGGCAAGUACUUCAUUCUCAAUGAAGGCUUCUCCUGUGCUCUUCCUCCAUCGGACUCAGACCUCUGCAAGGUGGACUUUGGCAGUGCCGUGGCGUGUCAGCGCGAAGACGGGAGAUACGAGCUGGCGGGAGUCAACAGUUGGGAUAUCGCUUGUCCCACGAAACAGUCACUGCCCUCAGUGUUCGCUACCAGUGACGCUCAGUGGAUAACAACAGUGCUGUCUACUCCCACGCCCGUGCUGCAGGCCGAGGAGAAGAACUACCAACAGACUCUGUCGCAAGGCGAGAGCAUAGAUGGUGUGGACACCGAGGACAAGCCUGGGUUCAGCCAGGGAUACGGAAAGUGAUUUCAUCUCUGACCCUACGAACCGCACAAAAUCUGCUGAGAUACGAUCAAAAAACCCGGAUAAUUGAAAAACAGUUAAUUUAGAUUUUACAGUAAGCUUCAAUUUAAGGAACCCAAAUAAGGAAAUAAAAGUGGACUAAUAAAUUGAAUUUCUCGUUGUGCAAUAAUGUUUUUAUUUUUUUACUCAAGAGGUUUUUGAUUAAAUAAUUUAGAAACAUUUUCCUAAGGUCUGCCAAGAAAAUUACGACAACUUAAUAAUGAAUGAAUGUUUUUAUGUAUCUCAAAGAGGUGUUAGUACCCACCAUCUACUUGACACAAGGUUUGUCAACCUUUUUCCUUAUCAUUAUUGAGUAAUAAUUUCAGUAUAAUUUAAGAAUAUUUAGAUAAUUCCACCAAUUGUCUUUCAUUUUAAUAUGUGAGUAGUUGACAUGUAGAUCCCUGAGUUGUGUGCCAGAAAGGACACGAUAUAGAAUUCAUUUAUGUGUGUACGUAGUAGCUUAUAAUGCACUCCCUCUUGUAUAAUGAAAACAAAGGUAUUUGUAUAAGCUUGAAUAAGAAAUAAAAUAAAUUCAAGUUUA